AUGUUUAGAAGUAUAUCCAAAGUAACUUUCAAGAGAGUUUCUCCCAUAAUAAACACUAGACAACUCACAGUGUCAUCAACUAGAUUUAAUGAAACCACUACAACUACUCCCAAAUCAACAUGUCCAGCAGGUACUGUGUUGAACUUGAAAGUAUUCAAAAAAGGUGAUGAACCCGUUGCUAAAGAAGACUCAGAAUAUCCUGAAUGGUUAUGGACUAUGCUUGAUCCAAAAGAGAAUUUGAAGGCUAUUCAAAAUGAAAAUUUCCUUAGAUGGAGAAGAAUCAAAUUGAGUAAAGAAAACAAUUCAACCAUCAAAAAUAACAACUUUUUAAGUAAAUUAUAG